ACUAUCAGAAUAGAACAAAAACAAAAACAGAAGCUAUUAACUUCGUUAUUCAGACACGACCAGGUCAUAGCUCUGACCUGUUCUCCCAUUCCUUCUCUCUCAUUCUUCACCCCAACAAACACAUAAUAUCAAGCUUCUCUAAGGAAGUUGCAGAGUGGAGCCAAGCCAUGGAAAACAUGAAGAAGAAACCAUUUUUAUGGCUUUCUCUCCUCAUAAUCUGCUUCUCUUUUCACACCUACACAUCCCUUGCUGCUUUGACCACCAUCUCAGCAAAUCAAUCUCUUUCCGGUGAUCAAACUCUUGUCUCAACAGAUGGGAACUUUGAAUUGGGUUUCUUCAAUCAAGGUAAUUCCUCUAACUACUACAUAGGCAUGUGGUACAAAAAGGUUUCUGUAAAGACAUAUGUUUGGGUAGCAAAUAGAGAUAACCCAGUUUCUGAUAAGAAUUCUACCAUGUUAACAAUAUCGCGUGGUAAUUUAGUUAUUUUGGACAAGUCUCAAAAUCUAGUUUGGUCAACAAAUUUGAGUUCUCCUAGCUCAGGUUUUGUAGUAGCUACCCUUCUAGGUACUGGGAAUCUUAUAUUAAGUGAUAAGCCUAAUGCAUCAGAAUCAGAUGCACUGUGGCAGAGUUUUGAUCAUCCAACAGAUACAUGGCUUCCAGGUGGCAAAAUAAGAUUAGAUAACAUAACAAAGCAGCCUCAAUAUCUCACUUCCUGGAAGAACAGUGAUAAUCCUGCAACAGGCCUAUUUUCGCUGGAAUUAGAUCCCAAUGGAACCAAUUCAUAUCUGAUUCUUUGGAAUAAAUCUCAAGAGUAUUGGUCAAGUGGUACUUGGAAUGGACAGAUUUUCAGCUUGGUUCCUGAAAUGAGGGCAAACUAUAUCUACAAUUUCAGCUUUCAGUCGAACGCGAAUGAGAGCUACUUCACAUAUUCAUUGUAUAACAAUUCUAUUAUAUCUCGUUUUGUAAUGGAUGUCUCGGGGCAGAUCAAGCAAUUCACUUGGCUGGAAAAUACUCAGCAAUGGAAUUUGUUCUGGUCACAGCCAAGACAACAAUGCGAGGUUUAUGCUUUUUGUGGAGCAUUUGGGAGCUGCACUGAGAAUUCAGAGCCAUAUUGUAAUUGUUUAACUGGCUAUGAGCCAAGGUCACAAUCUGAUUGGGAUUUGGAGGAUUACUCAGGUGGGUGUGUGAGAAAAACCGAGUUUCAAUGUGAGACAUUGAAUCCCUCUAAUGGGGCCAAGGAUAGGUUCCUACCAAUGCCUAACAUGGCAUUGCCUAAAAAUGCAGAAUCUGUGGGAGCAGGGAAUGCUGGCGAAUGCGAGUCAACUUGCUUGAGCAGUUGUUCCUGCACUGCAUAUGCUUAUGCUGGUAACUGUUCAAUAUGGAAUGAAGAUCUUUUGAAUCUGCAACAGCUUGCUCAAGAUGAUAGUAGCGGAGAGACUUUGUUUCUUAAACUUGCAGCAUCUGAGUUUCAUGAUGCUAAGAGCAAUAAGGGGACAAUCAUUGGUGUUGUUGCUGGUGCGGUUGGUGGCAUAGUUGUUCUCUUAAUCCUUGUUCUAUUUAUCAUGCUGAGGCAAAGAAAAAGACAAGUUGGGGCAGGAACACAUAUGGAGGGCUCAUUGGUGGCAUUUGGGUACAGAGAUUUGCAAAAUGCUACGAAGAAUUUCUCAGACAAGUUGGGCGGAGGAGGUUUUGGUUCUGUCUUCAAAGGAACAUUGCCUGAUUCAAGUGUCAUAGCAGUGAAGAAGCUCGAUAGCAUUAGCCAAGGUGAGAAGCAGUUCAGAACAGAAGUGAGUACAAUUGGGACAGUCCAACAUGUCAACCUUGUUAGGCUUCGAGGGUUCUGUUCCGAAGGUGACAAGAGACUGCUUGUUUAUGAUUACAUGCCAAAUAGCUCCUUGGAUUCCAAACUUUUUCAGGAAAAGAGUUCCAAGGUGUUGGAUUGGAAAAUAAGAUACCAAAUUGCUCUGGGAACAGCUAGGGGAUUGAAUUAUCUCCAUGAGAAGUGCAGAGAUUGUAUCAUACACUGUGAUGUGAAGCCAGAAAAUAUUCUCCUAGACGCUGAUUUUUGUCCAAAGGUUGCAGACUUUGGCCUUGCAAAGCUGGUUGGAAGAGACUUCAGCAGGGUCCUCACUACCAUGAGAGGAACAAGAGGUUAUCUUGCCCCAGAGUGGAUUUCAGGAGUGGCUAUCACUGCCAAAGCUGAUGUUUACAGCUAUGGAAUGAUGCUUUUUGAGUUUGUAUCUGGUAGGAGGAACUCUGAGCCAUCUGAAGAUGGCCAAGUUAAGUUCUUUCCUACCUGGGCUGCCAGCAUAGUGCACCAACAAGACAUUUUGCUUAGCCUUUUGGACCCUAGGUUGGAGGGAAAUGCUGACAUUGAAGAGGUCACUAGAGUCAUAAAAGUUGCUUCAUGGUGUGUCCAAGAUGAUGAAUCUCAUAGGCCAUCUAUGGGUCAGGUUGUUCAAAUGCUUGAGGGGCUCUUGAAUGUGACUUUGCCUCCAAUUCCACGAUCCCUACAAGCCUUUGUUGACAACCAGGAGAACAUAGUUUUCUUCACAGACUCAAGUUCCACCAAUAAUAGUUCACAGGUAAAGAGCAAUGUCUCUGCAGCCUCCUCUGAAGUCAAAAGCAACAUCUCAUCCUCUAGCUCCUAGUCCUGAAGAAAAAAUUAGGUAGACAAAAUAAAGUUGUUCGCCAUAUUAUGAUUUUGAGGUAUUGAAUUGUAAUGUAUUGUUUGAAUCCGGAGGAACUUGUGCCAAGAUGCUUGUAUAUU